UCCACACCCUUCCUUGUCACAUCUCAACACAAAAACAACCUCAAAACCUUCACUGCAUUUUCUCUGCAUCCAAUCAGACCCAGAGAAACUAAAACCACAACAAUUAUUCUUUUUUUUCUUUUCACAAUGAGCAUUUCUGUACCGGCCGUCGAUCAUGGCGACAGAGCUUCAAUCUCCUCCGUCCAUCCCGACAUCAUCACGGCUCACAUCCUCACCCGCCUCGACGGCCAGACCUUGGCCUCCGCCGCCUGCGCUUCCUCCGAAUUACACGCCUGCUCCGCCGAAGAAAAACUCUGGCGGGACGUCAACACCACCACGUGGCCUUCAAUAACCGAUCCUCGAGUCGACGACCUCAUUUCCACUUUCCCUGCCGGUCACCGCUCCUUCUUCUCAGACUCGUUCCCGCUCCUCGACUACUCCCCCUCCCAAUUCGAUUUCAGCCCAUCGUGUCCCACCACGGAGUUAAUCUCCGCCGUCGAUAUUUUUUACAAAGGCCAGGUCAUUUUCUCGAAAGUUCAAGAGUCCGAGACCGAGUCCGGGUGGUUCCUCUGCUCGCCCUUCCGAGUUGACUUACUUGACCAAAAGGAAACCGUCCCAACACCAAUUCGACAUGUCGGGGAAGACCAGAAGUCGUUGGAGCACUUGGAGGACAACUUGAGCCUGAGCUGGAUCUUGAUCGACCGGGCCCGGAAACGCGCGGCGAACUUGUCGAGCCGGAGGGCGGUGACGGUGCAGCGGCACUGGCUAACGGGGGAGAUACAGCUGCGCUUCGCCACGAUUUUGGCGGCGGAGAAGAAGGGGGAGUAUGUGCAGUGCGGGAUGGUGGUCAUGUGCAAGGGAAGCGAAGGAGGGGAGCUGCACGUGAGAGAGGUGAGCAUGAAGGUGGAAGGAAUGGAGGGGAAUCACUUGAACGGGAGGGAGAGUUUGUUACUUCUGCAGAGGGCGAUCGAGGGAGGGAAGAGGAGGAAGGAGGUAAACGGGAAGGCGAGAUUCGAUGAGUACUUGGAGAUGAAGAGAGAGAGGAGAGAGAUAAAGGAGAGGAGAGAGAAGGCUUUGGACAUGAUCUGCAUUGCUACUGGGGUUACUAUUUUGAUAGCGUUCUGGUCAUUUGUCUUGUUCAGAUAGUCUAAGAGAUGAUGAUGAUAAUGAUGAUGAUGAUGAUGAUCAUGGUGAUGGUGAUGAUGAUGAUGGUGAUGAUGGAUGAUGAUGAUGCUGGUGGUGAAAAAAUCGAUGAUGAUGAAGCCCAGAAAAUCAAGGAAACAGUUGGGUUUAAGUUACUUUACUGUUAAUUACACAGUUUAAUUAAUUCUUUAUACCAAAAUGUAUAGAAAAGUUCAUACAAUGGAGAAGCAAAAUGGGAUUUCGAUUAUAAUAAUUUGUUUAUUUAUUUGAUCACAAAUGUGAUUAUGUAGUGUAGGCUCUUUAUACACCAUUGAAUCGGUUCAAAUUAAGUAUA